AUUAAUAGGCGCGUUCCGAGUCUCGAUAUGAUAGCACAAAAUUCUACUCACUCGGAAGGCGCCAAACCUCACUACAUUAGCACGCAGAUCGCGUCCUAAUACCCGCAAAUGAUGUCUAGCUAGAAAGGUCACUAGGGUUUGAAACACGGCCAUUGUGUGGAGCUCAGUCAGGAAUCUUCGCUCUUCUAUUCUUCCUUGAGUCUGAUUUUUAAGGGAGGAGCUGUAACUCUCGGGAAGAUCUAGAGACUUUGGCUGAGGAUAACAGCAGGACUGAAGGACGGUUAAUUAUGGAUCCAGCAUCUCUUCCAGAACAACUGUCAGUUGUUAACGAACAGGUGCUGAACUCAUCGGACAGAUCAGUGACCUCAGCUGUGUGUCUGCGGCGCUUCCUCUGUUACGGCUCUGAGAGCGCCACAUACAGCACUAAAGAGUAUCCUCUGGGUAUAGAGAACGCCCUGUCCCUGAUGCAGUUCAUCGAGGGGGGACGAGGCUGUGAGGUGGUGGAGGAGGUCAGACGCUUGAAUCUGGAGGGCCGCGCUGUCCGUCCCAACCCCAGCCUCUUUGCCCUGGCUGUCUGCUCGCAGCAUGCAGACUGCAAGACCAGGAAAGCCUCCUUAGGGGCCCUGAAGGAACUGUGUCGAGUGCCUGUGCAGCUUUUCACAUUUGUGCAGUAUAAGAAAGAGCUGAAAAAGGGCUCUGGGAUGUGGGGCCGGGCUCUGCGGAGGGCCGUGACUGAUUGGUACAACAGCCAGGACGGAAUGAGCCUGGCGCAGGCCGUGACCAAGUGCAAACACAGGGCAGGCUGGUCCCACCAGGACCUUCUCAGACUGUCCCACAUGAAGCCAACCAAUGCCACUGUUGCACUUGUUUGCAAAUACAUCACAAAAGGAUGGAAAGGGGUUCAGGAGGCAUAUGGUGAUAAAGAGAUCUCUGAGGAUCUGCAGAAGGUUUUUGCGUAUCUGGAAGCUGUGGAGAAAGCCAAACACUCGACUGAUGAACAGGAGUUGGUUCAUCUUAUUGAGGAGCAGAGGCUGGAAAAAGAGCAGGUUCUGACCAACCAUCUGAAGUCCAAAGAGGUAUGGAAAGCAUUGCUAAAAGAAAUGCCAGUGGUUGUUUUAUUGAAGCAUUUGGGUAAGUUGACAGCAGACAAUGUUCUGGCACCAGGAAGUCCGGAUGUUGCAGCUGUUUGUGAAAGGAUUCAGGAUGAGACUGCCCUGAAAAAGGCAAAAACACAGCCGUUCAACAUUCUUGUGGCAUCUGAAAACUAUAAGAGAGGACAUGGGAAGCGUAGCAAACUGAAAUGGGAGCCGGACGGAGACAUUGUUCAAGCCCUGGACUGCGCCUUCUGCAAAACUAUUUCAAUGGUGGAGCCCACAGGCAAACGGUUUUUGGUGGCAGUUGAUGUAAGUUCUUCUUUGAGCAGCGUGACUCACGGCAGCUCCAUCAGCACUGUGGCAGUAGCAGCGGCAAUGUGCAUGGUAAUUGCACAAACGGAGCUAAACGCACAGAUUGUUGUUUUCUCUGAAGGAGGUGUUGUUCCCUGUACUGUCUCUUCUGAUAUGACUCUUAUGCAAGUAGCAGCACAGCUCAUCCAGACUCCUGGUGGCAGUACGGACUGUGCCUUACCCAUCAUUUGGGCCUCAGAGAAUGAGAAAACUGUGGAUGUCUUCAUCAUUUUCACCAAUAAUCACACCCUUGGGAGGAAAAAUCCAGCAGACACACUGAAGACGUAUAGACAAAAAAGUGGUGUAUUUUCCAAACUGAUUGUGUGUGGAAUGAUUGCCAACUCACUGUCCAUCGCUGACCCCGAAGACCGCGGCAUGCUGGACAUCUGCGGCUUUGACUCACAAGCAGUCGAUGUCAUCCGUAGCUUCGCACUUGAUGCUAUUUAAAAGCUUUAUGUUUUGUAGCAUGCAGCCGGUUUUCUAAAGGACAACGAGACAUUGAUGCUCCCCGCGUCAACAUGCAAAAAAAAAAAAAAGACAGUUCUUGCAUUUUAAUAAGAUAAUCACAUCGUUGUUUUUACAGGUUGGAAUCAAGUUAAGGUCUAAUUCAAUAUCCAGCAGGCUGGAUUAGUUGCAGUGAAAAUCAAGGGGAACAAAUUAAUGAAGUAACUAUUAUGUUAACUCUAUUCAUUCAGUAUACUGUAUGUUUAACCUGGUCCAAUGAAAUGUCUUUUACACAUUUUUUCUAGUUGAAAAGUUUGUAUAUGUCACUGACCUUCAUUGGAAGUAAUGUUCUAUACUUUUAGAGGCCUUGCUCAUUGUGUAAAAUCUUCAUUCAUGUUUUGUCCUGUGUAAUGAGAUGUUCUAAAAUAUUACACAUUGAGCUGAAAGUGCACAUACAGGUCUUCCACAAAAAUCUGAGAGAAAUAUGAAGCAAAAUACGUUUGCAAGGUCAUUGAAAUGCAGUUUGUUGCUCUUAGAACCCAUGUAGCCUACGUUUA